GGCCAGCUGGCAAUCAUUUUUAGCACUGAAUGCUUCUUGAUUUGUGUGCUUGAACUAUAAAUAACAUCCGAACGACUAUUUUAAGAAAUGGAGAACUCAAGUGAGAUUGUUUCCUUCGUGCUGGGAGCUUACAGUAACAUGGGGCAGUUGAAGUAUUUGUAUUUCUUCAUAUUGCUGCUGUGGUACAGUUCAAUAUGGGUGGCCAACACUUUAGUCAUCAUGGUCAUCUUUGUGGACAGGAGUCUGCACGAGCCAAUGUACAUGUUACUUUGUAACUUAAUGGUGAACGAGAUAAAUGGCAGCACGUCUCUGUAUCCUCUCAUGCUUUCACAGAUGUUCUCAGAUGCGCACGAGGUGCCAGUUUCCUGGUGCUUUGUACAGAUGAUUUCUUUCUACUCUUCUGCCUCUGUUGAGUUUUGCAGUUUGGCAGCCAUGGCUUAUGAUCGAUACGUUUCCAUUUGCAGGCCUUUACACUACAACGCCAUCAUGAGCACGGGGACAGUGGCCAUCAUCGUGACGCUUAUCUGGGUGUAUUCCUAUGCCACUUCCCUGCUAUCCUAUCUCUUUGUAGUCAAUUUGAAAUUUUGCAGCAAUGUUAUUGACCACUUGUUUUGUAACUAUGAAUUAAUAGCUAAACUCAUAUGUACAAUAUCAAAAGUCAACAGCGUAGUAGACCUUUUUGGCUUCCUGACCAGUGUUUUUCCUUUCGGGCUCAUUAUGGUGUCAUAUGGAAAGAUCCUGAUGGUUUGUUUGGAUACGUCUAGAGAGAAUAGGCAGAAAGCCAUCACUACCUGCACGCCUCAGAUUGUUUCCGUGUCAAACCUGUUUGUCGGCUGCGCCUUCAUUUUUCUGGAGGCCAGGAUCACUGCGGUUGAUUUACCUGACAGUGUGCGGAUAUUUUUUUCUGUGUAUCUGCUUAUUUGCCAGCCAAUGAUAACACCCUUUAUGUACGGGUUGAACCUUCCUAAGAUAAGACAGGCGUGUAAAAAAUUUCUGUGGCGCAAAAAAGUGUUUUUCUUGCAAGAAUCUCAUUAAAACAGCUCUUUUGAAAAUGAAUCCUACGUUGAAAAAAAAAACUACAACUUGUGGGGGUUUUUUUUGCUAACACAGUCACCUA